UUCCCGCUAGGAAACCGAGAAAUAAAUGCCUCUUCCCUACUCCAGAAAGAAGGGAACCGGAGAGGACGUGAGAAGCUUCAAACUCAGAUAUGCAACCAACUAUAAGGAGACAAAAGACGGAGGCCGGGGGCGCUGGGGAACCCUAGCCGGCAGGACUCCUUCGCGCUGCCCCGAGCUCCGGCGCUCCCGCCGCCAGGGGGCGCUGCGGCCGCGCAGACUCGCGGGAGGAGGGGCGGGGCGGAGGCGGAGCCUGCCCGAGACAUGGCGUCGUCCGCGCUGCUGCGCUCCUGCUCGCGGCUGCUGGCCCCCGCCAGGCUCCCCAGCGGUCCUUCGGCACGGUCAAAGUUCUACCUGCGAGAUCCGCCGAACGACAAACCUGACUGGCUGAAAGUUGGACUGACCUUGGGUACCACUGGCUUCCUGUGGUUUUAUCUCAUCAAACAGCAUAAUGAAGAUGUUUUAGAGUAUAAAAGAAGAAAUGGUUUGGAGUAAAUUUUGGAGUUACUACUAUAGUAUGCUCCAUAUAAUGAUUAUAGAAGUUCUUCUGGAUUCACUGAUCUAUUGAGUUUUGAAUGUCAGAGAAAGUUAUAUGUGAAUAUAUACGAAGUCAGAAUUCAUGUUUUCUUUGAUUAAACGAAAGAAAUGAAACUAUUCUGUGUUCUGCAAAUAAUACAUAUUGUGACAACUUGUAAAAAAUGUCUAAGGUACAUUAUUAGAAGUACUUCAAUAUGGAAGACACCAUCUGAUAAUAGGGUCAUUGGUAUUUAAAAAAAUUCAUAAGAAGACUUGUCAUAGAGAUGGAUUUGAUAGGGGUUGGGGUUGUAUAGCUCAGUGGUAGAGCACUUGCCUAGCACGUGUGAGGCACUGGGUUUGAUCCCCAGCACCACAUAAAAAUAAAUAAAUAAAGGUAUUGUGUUCAUCUACAACUAAAAAUUAAAGAAAUGGAUUGGAUAGUCCCUGCUGAUGAACUUACUUCUAAACUUUUAAUUUCUGAUUAAAACACUUACUCUUUAGUAUGUCAAGGAGACAGAACUAUUUUACUACUCAAAAUACAAAAGAUCCUAAAUGUUUUCUUCUAGAGAAGCCAUUUUGGUAAGUUAGAAAGUAAAGAUGAAUUCUGCUACCAGUAGUUCUUCUAACUUCAUUUCCUUGAAUUUAAAUUAUUUUUAUUUGGGUGAGGUUUGUUGUCCCUUUUAAAUAAGAUGGCUUUCACCCAAUGAUUUAGGAAUCUUUAGAUUGUUCUUAAAAAGGGCAAAGAGGGGCUGGGGAUAUAGCUCAGUCAGUAGAGUGAUUGCCUCACAAGCUUAAGGCCCUGGAUUCAAUCCCCAGCACUGCAAAAAAAAAAGGGGGCGGGGGGGAAGAGGUCCAGGCGUGGUAGCACAUACCUGUAAUCCCAGCAGCUCCGUAGGCUGAGGCAGGAGGAUCUGGAGUUCAAAACUAGCCUCAGCAAUUUAUGGAGGCACCAAGCAUCUUAGCAAGACCCUGUCUCUAAAUAAAAUAUAAAAAAGGGCUGGGGAUGUAGCUCAGUGGUUAAGCACCCCCGGGUUCAGUCCCCAGUACCAAAAAAAAAGGUGUGGAGGGAAGAGGUCUAACAGACACAAUUUAUUUAAAAUAAUUCAUUUUUUCAUCUUCUUUUUGAAGUUAAGCAGAAAAGUCUGUUACUGGUAUUUUAUAUAUGUUGAGCUUUGGCCAACACUCAUUCUGGAUGAAUUGUAACCCAAUAUCUUUGGAAGUUAUUUCUAAUUCAGUUACUUUAUUUCAGAAUAGUUAUUUAAUAUAUGUUCAAUGAACAGAUAUUGAUAAUAGCGACUAUUACUUUGUGUCAGUUUGGAUUCCUGUUAGAAUUGAAAGGGCUUUAGAGAUUACAUAGACAAAUUUCAUGCAGCUGCAGUAACCAGAGGUGCAGAGUGAGCUGUCCAACAUCUGUGUUUAGUAGAAUAAUGAAUCAACAAAGAUGUUUAGGGGCUGGAGUUGUGGCUAAGUGGUAGAACACUUGCCUAGCACGUGUGAGGCACUGGGUUCGAUCCUCAGCGUCACACAAAAAUAAAUAAAUAAAGGUAUUGUGUCCAUCUACAACUAUUAAAAACAUUUUUUUAAAAAAUGCUUAUCUCCUGCCAAGAACAGGUGUAUGUGUUAGAUUAUAUGGCAAAGGGGAUUUGAUUGCAAUGGAACUAAGAUUCCUAAUCAGCACUAAGACAAGAUUACCCUGGAUUAUCUAUCCAGUUGGGCCCUCUAAUCACAAGGAUUCUUAUAAGGGGAAUAGGGAAGCAGGCACGAGAGUGUGUCAGUGACACAGUAUGAGAAGGCUUCAACCUGCCAUCUCUGGUUUUGAAGGUGGGAGGAGGCCAAGAGCCAAAGACUAUCAAGAAAACAAAUUCUCUCCUACAGCCUGCUAAAAAGAAUGAUCCUGGGGCUGGGGAGAUAGCACAAGGCCCUGGGUUCGAUCCCCAACACCGCAAAAAAAAAAAAAAGAAUGAUCCUGGUAACACCUAAUUUGUUUCAGGUCACAGGCUUUGUUA